AUAACUCACACACCCUCGAUUCCCUAAAUUAACGUCACUCGCACUUACUCCACCCACCCACUAACUUUCUUUCUUUCUUCCCUAUCUAUCCUAUUCAUUCCCAGAAACCAAAACAGUUGCUCUCACUCGUGCAACCGUAAUCGCAAUCUCAAUUCUAUGUCAUGGCCUCCGCCUCCGUCGUUGACAACCACCGCCUCGAAACCCUGCCUCUAAUCGACCUCCGCCUCCUCUCUCAGUCCGAACUCUUCUCUCUCUCACUCUGCUCUUCCUCCUCUUCCAAUGCCUCCUCCCUUUCCUCCUCCAACGACAACGACGACGUUUUGAUCCCCAAAAUCGACCGCUCCGUUUUCAACGAAUCCGCCGGCAGUCGCAAACAAACCUACUCUCGUCUCCGCCUCGCUCCUCGCAAACCCCAGUCUCCUUCCUCCACUUCCUCCUCCCCUUUUUUCCUUCCUCGCCAAAUCGACGAAGAGAAUUCACAAAUUAUCUCCCUCCUUAAACAACUCUUCGCCUCCGAAACUCACAAUCAUGACCUAGUGCCAUUUCGGGCCGAAUACGAACCGUCCUUACCCGAUCCAUCUACCGAGGGCUUGCAAAAUGUUCGAAUCGAAUACGAACCGUCGCUGCUGCCUGAUUCUUCGAAUGCCGGCUUCCAGAGUGUUCCGAUUGAUGUUAUUGGCGGCGGCGGCGGCGGAGAGAAGAAAAGGAAGCGAGGGCGGCCGCGGAAGAAUGAGGUUAUGAUGAUUGAGCGGAAGGUGGAGGUUCUUCCAAUUGUGCCGGUUAAUGUUGGUGUUAGCAGCGAGGGGAAUAAGAAGCGGAAGCGAGGGCGGCCGCGAAAGGACGAUAAGAGUCGAAAAGAUGAGAGGAAAAAAGUGAGAGAUGUGAAUGUGGUGGAAGAGAUGGUGAUGGUGAAUGAGAAAGGGGAUGUGGUGGACUUGGCUGCAUUGGGGAAUGUGGAGGAUUUGUAUGGUGAAGAGUUGAAGAGGAGGACCGAAGGGUUGCAGACCAAGGAUGAGUUGUUAGGGUUUUUGAGUGGGUUGAAUGGAGAGUGGAUGAGCUGGAGGAAGAACAGGAGGAUUGUGCCCGCUAGUGUUAUCGGCGACGUGUUGCCCAGAGGGUGGAAGCUUAUGCUCUCUAUCAAGAAGAAAGCCGGCUAUGUAUGGUUGCAUUGCCGCCGAUAUAUAAGCCCUAAUGGACAGCAGUUUGUGUCGUGCAAGGAAGUUUCAUCACACUUACUUUCCUUUUCUGGACUCCAAGAUGCAAGCCAACCCAGAUCUGGUUAUACUGAUGAAAAUUUUCAGUUGGCUAGCAAAAUGGAUUUUGGAGAUGAUGCAGAUCCUAAACUUGAAGAUGCGAAGAAUGCUGAUGACCUUGUUAGUUGUUCACAGCUCCCCAUGACUUCUAUAUUAACUGAUGAGAAGCAGGACACCUUGAACACACAGGAUUCAGGGAUUCAAAUAGGGGAAGUUUUAAAAUGCCACAAAUGCACCAUGACAUCUGAUGGGAAGAAUGAUUUAGUUCACCAUCUGAUAUCAUCUCACCAGAGUACGGCAAAUAGGUGUAAACAAGGUACGUCUAUUGCUGAUGGUGUAAUAAUUAAAGAUGGAAAAUAUGAAUGCCAGUUCUGCCAUAAAAUAUUUGAUGAGAGGCAUCGUUACAAUGGCCAUAUUGGGGUCCAUGUGAGGGACUAUGCAAAGAGUGUUGAGGCUUUGGGAGGAUUAAAAGACAUGCAGAAGGGCAUUGACUCUGCACCAACCAGAGUUCUGCCAUCAACCUCAAAGAUGCAUGAAUCUAUUGGAAUUGGCAGGGAAAAACCUCCCACUGCUGGUGUUGUCAAUGAAUUAAGUUCUGGCUUUUCUCAUGGUAUAAUAAAAGUAGAUAAUGUUACUGAAACUUGUGGUGACACAGAUGGUCAUUUGCUCGUUCUUUUGUCUCAAGACAAUCAAAAUGUAAAGGCUGACAAAGAUGACUAUUCUUUAGUUGAGGAAUAUAGUGAUAAGCAGGAUAAAAUUUGCAACAUGAAUAUGGAUGACUUGGUGAAGGUAGAUGUGGCUACAGUUUUUGCCAAUAGAUGUAAUGCUUGUCCAGUCGAUGAAAAUUCUCUUAAAAAUGAGAAUAAAAUUAGUUGUGAAUCUUCUGAUGAAACAAAUGCCCACAAAUGCAUUCCCAGUGGAAUUGAUAAUUGUGUUGCAGAAAGUAAAAGUUUUGGAAGCUGUUCACUUGCCCCACCUGGAAAUGAGAGAGCUCUUGUUGUUGAAAACAAUGUGAUUGAAGCAUCUGUCCACUCAGUGAAGGAGCCACAGCUGGAGAUUGGUUCUGAAAGCAGUUUUCAUACUUUGAAUGGUAAGGAUAAAUGUAGUGGUGAGGAUUUGCAGGACAAAUGUCUUACUAGCACAGUUGAAGAUACGAAAGUUGACAGUGGUUGUACAUUUGAGAAUAAUGAGUCGGUAUCUGGUUUUGGCAAUCAUCUCAGUGGGCUCAAGGAUGUUUGUACUAAUGUUAAGCAGCAAUGCAGUUCUGAAGUCUCUUCGCUUUUACCAUUUGGGAAUGAACAAAGAUCCAGUUUAAUGAAUAAUGAGAACGAGAUUGUGAGUUCCUUCAUGUUGGAGUCUCUGCAGGAAGGGAGCUCUGGAAGCAGUUUAUGUAGCUUGUCUACUGAUAAAAGAACAUGUUCUGCCAGCAAUAUUGUGAACAAUGUUUCUACUAGCACAGGGGACAAGCCUAGAUUUGAUGAAGUCAAUAUCUCUGGGAACAAUGUAAUUGCAAUUGGUUUUGGGAGCAAUCAUGCUUCACAGAGCAACGAAGCUGUGAUUGGCAUUAAGAAAGAUGGGAGUUCUGGAAGCUCUUUACACAUUUCAUCUUUGGAUGAGGAAUGCAUUGUUGAUAAUAAUGUAAAUAAGAAUCCCCAUUGCACAAUGGAGGAGCCCUUUCAAGGAGAGGCUUCUAAAAGCCAUGUAUUUGCCCCAUCUGCUGAUGAGCAAAGAUCUGAUUUUGACAAUAAUAUGAAUAAAGUUUCUACUGACACAUUAGAGGGGCUCAAGCUUGAUGAAGUCGAAAGCUGUAAGAAUAAUCAGUUAAGUAUUGCUUUUGACAGGAAUGAAACUGGAGUAGGUGUGGAUACUACUGCUUGCAGUGAGCAGGAAAAAUGUUUUAAAGGCUCUUUACUUGUUUCAUCUGCAGAUGAGCAUGGAUAUGACAUCUGGAAUGGUACAACGAAGGAACUUAAACAGACAAGAGGUCCUUCUGAAAGUGGCUUACUUAGCCAAUCUGAUUAUGAACAAUACCAGGUUAAUAUGAAUGAUGUGAAUAAGGUUUCCUGUAGCUCAAUAGAGGACGCCGGAAAUAAGAAAGUGAAGAGCCCUUGGAGCACUGAACUGUUACCUGCUUUUGACACCCAGGCAGGUCUAGAUGUGGAUGUGACAAGCACUAUGCAGGGACAAAGUUCUGAAGGUUGUUCCUCUGUUCCUUCUGGGGCUGAGCAAACAUUCUCCGCUGAUAAUGACGUAACUGGUGUUUAUAGUAGCGCAGUGGGGGAGCUUAAGCAUGAAAGAGGCUCUAAAAAUGGUUGUGAACAAGUCGAAAAUAAGUUGAAUAGGUUCUGUACAAGCACAGUGUGGGAGCAGCCCAGAUUUGAAGACAUGGGGAAGCCUAGGGAUGCUGAUUUAAUGAUGGGCUUUGGAAAUCAUGCCCAAUCAAAUGAGGAUGUCAUGGAAGAGCUUAUGUGGAGAACUAAUGAACAAAAUGUACAGCAGAGUGGUUUAGCCAAUAGUUCAUCUCCACUGAUGCCAUUGUCUGAAUGUUUACCAAACUUUGAUGUAAUGACAAGCAAGGGUGGAGACAAAAGUUUCAGCUCUAAUGAGAGAUUUGACAGCACAUCAGGUUUAGAAGGGCUUGGAUCAAGUAGCAUAGCACAUUUGGAAUACAAUUUCCUGACAAUGCAGCCAAGCCCUAAUCCAGAGGAAUCGAAUGUUUUGUCUUAUGAUGCAGAGAUGGAGCAAGGGUUUGAUUCCUCUAUUUGGCUUAAAAAGGAAGCUUUGCCUUUGUUGCCGAAGUUAGCAAGCAGGCAUCAGGUCAGGACUGCGUGUGUCUGGUGUGGAAUUGAGUUUCAUAUAGAAUCUGCCAACUCUGGAAUGCAACCAGGUUCAGUGGGUUUUAUGUGUGGAACCUGCAAGGCUAAGUUCUCUGGGCAAUUCAAUGUAUUGUAAUUGUCCAACUGUCCCGUGACACCUUGUAAGGAUUUCUUCUCAUAUAACCCACUUCCUGUCAAGAAUAAGAUUUUGAGAUAUGAGGUAAUGGUAGACACCAGUUGGAAAAAAUGAUCACCUGCUGAUAGACUCGUACAGCUGCACAGGUUGGUCCUAUGCAAGAGCCUGAUUUUAUAAAUCUGGUAUGGCGCCCUCUUUUGUUUCAUUUUGGAGAUCAGUUAGCGCAUUAUUCAUUUUUCCCUUUAGGUCCAAAUGAUUGUUUAUCAGAAUACUGACAACAGAUUUGUGGGGUUCCUUUAUUUUGAGGACCCAUCUUUUCCACCCUUGACAAGAAAGAAAUAGGAUUGCCAACUGUAAUGGUUUUAUGGGCUGACUUGGGGAACGGUAUUGGCAUAACCUUGUUGCCCCCUUAACUUGCGCUCUCCAAAUAUCUACUCACCUUCUUUUUUCCCCCAAUUUUUCUGCCUAUAUAGUUCCUGCUUCUGUUUGUAGUAUUUGACUAAGAUUGCAUUUUACCAACUCACUAUUACCUCUA